AUGGCUUCUCCGACCACCAUAAACACUUGGAUGGAAGAGCUUGUGCUCUCUUUUUCUCUACCAUCUGCAAAAGCCGACGUGCACAGAUACAAAGACAAUUUCAUCCGCACAGUCAGGCACCACAACUAUGGCCGCACCAACCAAUUUGCGGUCGACGAAAAGCUCACUGGACUAGAAGAAAAACUCCAAGUCUACAACCUCGACGAUGUCGCUGCGGAGCUUUUCUCGCGACGUGCAGAGCUGAAGAAGGACCACAAUGAUAUAAAGUGGUUGCCCGAUGUUCUAGAUCUUCUACUUCAUCUUUCUCAUGACCCGGUGCACCAAAGCCGGAUUGAGAAUCUUGAGAAGUUGGAACCGCGUUCAGAGACUCCAGUCCCUUUGAGUUGGGAGGAGAUCGACGCGGAGGAUCCUAUCAAUCACCAGGAUGAGAUAUGGAGACUUCCAAAAUAUUCUGAUUCCAGCUCUGAUGAGGAUGAAUUCGGCCCUUCGGAUACCCCGCCUUCGCCAGUCGCUGUAAAGCAUGAUGUUACGAAGAACAUGGAUGUCGAGAGGCUGUUUGAAACGCCUGUGGCACAAGAGUCAGCGAAGCUAGAAGCCGCGCAAUUCUGGCAUAGACCAGGACCUUUUGUGGCAAUCACAGAGACCCAAGCUUCAAGGGAGGUACUGUUUAUGCUCACGGGAAUGCCAACUUCCAUCUUCACCAUUACCGAUCAUCGUGUCCGCCCGAAAGCACGAUACUGUCUGGGUAAUCUAGGAAGGACAACCUCGAAGUCCUUGUUGGAGGAGGCAGCUCGCCUUGGUUCAAAUAUUGGUUCUGUCCGCCGCUGGCUGCGAAUCCCGCAGGGUUCGGCCGUCAUGCAAUUCAUUCAAAGCGCCAUCCGCGGUAUCAUGACAAGGUUUGAAUUGGCCAUAUCUAAGGAACACGCCGCCAUCCUACACCGAUCUUCGCCGACAGGUGUGAUCAGCUUGCUUCAAACGUUGCGGAAGGUGGAGAGAGAAAGUCAUUCAUUGAAAGCUGUUAGCACCAUCGUGUCCGAUUUUAUCCUGAACGACCCGAUCUCCACUCUGAACACCAUCCACAGUCAUUUAGACACAGCGCAUACUUGCUCCAAUUCUGUCGAGGUGGAGACUUUCCUCCCUAUUUUCCUGUCUUCCCUCACGCUAUAUUCAAAGCCCAUCGACGUAUGGUUGCUCACCGGCAGGAUCGACACGACAGAACCAUUCUUUGUGUUUGAGAACGAGGGGAAACCCCGUUUGGCGAGUACCUUAUGGCAUGAUUGGUUCACCCUGGCUACUACAAACAACUUGAUCCCGAUAUUCCUGGAGAAAUUUGCCGAAAAGAUCUUCGCAAUCGGAAAAACUGCUGCCUUUAUGCACCAUCUUGGACGAGCUGCGCCGGAUAUCUGCAGCAGGGAUCUCGGAAUCGUGGCCGCGGCAGCGCAGACAGCUCAUCUAGUAACGAGCUCGCCAUUACCCUUCUCCGCGACAUUCGAAAUGAUCCUUGAUCGACAUCUCGGCGCUCUACUCGACACUUCCACGACCGCUCUCAGGCACAUUCUGGAGACAAGCUGCGGUCUGACAAGAUUCCUCGACGCACUCGACUACCUCUAUCUUGCCAAAGAUGGCGUCCUCCUUGAUAGCAUUGAAAGCAAGAUGUUUGACCGAAUAGAUCGCUGCUUAGAGAUGUGGAACGACCGCUUUCUGCUCUCUGAUCUUCUGGCUGAAGCAUUUCAGGAUUCUGAAUGCGUAGAUGUCGACGCAAUCACAAUCCAAGCGGCGUAUACCUCUUCCCGGAGCAUGGAAAAUCGACGCCGCUCUGUCAAGAUCCUGGCUGCAGUGUCCGUCUCUUAUCACGUCAGCUGGCCAAUUGCAAAUAUCAUCCUCCCUGCCUCUAUGAUUUCCUACCAACGUGUUGCUCUAAUGCUCAAUCAAGUCCGCCGCGCGAGAUCCUUGCUCGCCAGCCGAGCGUACUUCCACGUCCAACAUAUGCCCUUGCCCUUUGACAACCUCGAUGAACACAGGGUUGCACGACUGGUAUACUGGCAGCUGUCUCAUUUUGCGAACACUCUCUAUAGCCAUCUCACAAGCUGCACGGUGCAAGCUUUUACAACAACUAUGCGCGACCGGCUAUAUUCUUCUUCAACUAGGAGCCUUGACGACAUGAUAGCAAUCCACACCCAAUACAUCGCCGCGUUGGAGCACGCAUGCCUGAGCAGUAAACGAAUCAAACCUCUGCGCGAUGCCCUCGUCACAAUUCUCGACCUAUGCAUUCGAUUUACAGAUCUCGUGACCUGGCCUUCAACAAGCAUACCUGAUACAAUGCGGCCGGCUUCCGGAGAAGGUGCGCAUGGAGAUUUCGAGGCGAGCAGUUUCAUCUCGGCGCGCAGCCAGAAGAGACGCCGGGGAGGCAGGAGACAACAUGAUGGCGAUCAAUAUUCAUCUUCGGAUGACGAUGAUGAUGCGAGCAUGGGAGAGGGAUACUCCACGUUCGUUCUUGAACAGGACACCUCGCUCUUUCAAGAGAUUGUCAAGGUGAGAGACACGUUCAAGAAACACGUCGAGUUCUUGAUCGCGUGGUUGAGAGCUGUGGCGAGAAGUCCGAGUUCAAAUUCAAGCUCAACGCAGGGACAGGGACAGGGACAGAGACCGCAAGAAGGAUGGGAAGUGGGUCAGAAUUUUGAACUUUUGGCCGACUCUCUAGAAGGAGUCUUUCCGCUGAGUAAAAGAGUUGCUUUCUGA